AUGAGCGACACGAAGAGCUAUGUUCCUAUGAAUUACAAGUACCUCCAACAAGAAGGAACUAUGCUCGGAAUACAAAUGAUCACAUGUAGGCCAAAGAAAACAAAGGAACCAACUCACCCACAAUACAAUACAGUGGGGUUGUUCCAAAGAUUAAGGCUAUUGUCGCAUUACUCGCUGUCACAUUAUCUUGACAUUAUACCAGCCAAACACAAUGAGACUUUUGUAUUGAGCGAAACUUAUCAAAACAAUUUUGAAAAUUGUGUUGAAAAAGUGGACAGUUUAAACAAGAUGAGGAUGAUACAAGACAUCGUCGAAGCAACACAGUAUUUGCACGAACACGAUAUUAUUGUUGGCUAUUUUAAUCCUAAAAAUAUAUAUGUGACAAACACAGGAAUUGUUAAGUUGGGUAAUUAUGCACUAUAUUACCUUUCAGAAGGUAAUAAAUACUUCGAUGCUUAUACGCACAUUCCAACACUAUCACCAGAAACAAUUCUUUUAAGCACACAUGAAUGUACAUUUGAAAGUGACGUUUUUUCUAUUGGGUUGUUGUACCUUUAUUUGACAUUGAAAUGUAUUCCCUCAAAGACAAAAUAUAUCCAUUUUAUGAAGUUGUUGAAAGAUUUGUAUGAUGUACAUUGUCCAACAUGUGAGAAAUGUAAGUUGUUUUCAUGUCAAGAAUUCUCAUCAAUGCUUUUACAAUUGAUUUCAACGCAAUUUUCAACACAAGUCGUAUUACCAGAAAUCAUCGUAGCUUGUCUCUCAUCACCAGAAACAAGACCAACAACCAAAACUCUGUUAUCGAACCAAAUAUUUUCUGCCUUGAGACCAGACGUUCAACCAAUUUCAAAUGAACGUCUGGAAUUGUUGAAUUUCAGUUACAAUGCACCGAAGUGCUACAUGACAUUGCGUGAAAUACUACACGAGAUGUGUUACUUCAAAACACUUUCAAUUGAUGUCUCAAAGAAAUAUGUUGAUAUCAUUGGGGAGACAUUUGGGGUUAUGAAGAAAUAUCCCAUUUUCGACAUUGAAACGUACAUCCCAAUUACAACAGAUCUGACAACCCAAGAAGUCAAAAACGAUUUUUCAAUAUACUCGAUUGAUGUCACAGACGUUGUUAACUACUCAUUCGAUGUUGACGAAGAACUGGGUCGGCUCGACAGCUCGGAAGCGCUCCGAGGAGCUCCAGAUAAACAACCACAAUUUGUUACAUUCUUGACUCAACAAAUAACAAGUCUAUCGGAGUCUUUUAACCCCCAGUCCGCAAAUCAACAAGAAGUGAUACGGCACCACAGACUGUACCACGCCUAUUUUAGAUAUUUUGCGCGAUACUCAGUGAACGACCCAAGAGCAGCCAUGAAUAUGUUACACAAAGUGAAACGAAUUGCUCAGAGUUUCGUCCCCGAGUUUUUGAGACUUCCAGUGUGGAUGUUGUUGCUUGGAAUAGACAUUAACGAGAGUUACACGUUAUACGCAGAGCGGUCCAAGGAUGUUCCACUUGUGUUGACAAACAAAGACAUCACAGAGAAUACCCGAGUUAUUGUGGAGGAUGUCAACAGAGCGUUUUCGACCGUUCCGUUAAUCGCAAACGAAAUCACCAGAAAUCAACUGAAACGGGUUUUGUACUCUUUUUUGCAAUCUGGUGAAGAGUAUUGCCAAGGUAUCCACUCCGUCUGCGCCGUGUUCAUUUCGUUGUCAUUCAACGAGGCUAUUUGUUCGGAGUGUUUGCACAGAUUUGAGGCAGACUAUGUCAGACAGUACUCGCCAGAGAAGUUUAGAAUUUACUUCACUCGAUUUUGCCAGUUGCUUGCCUUUUAUGGGCCUAAAGUCGCGCCAAAAAUGAGUUUCAUCAAAAUUGAAAAUUCAACAGCGAUUCGGUGGUUCUUGCCGCUGCUCUCACUCUCGAUGAAAAUGUCGAGCAUUUAUCAAUUGUGGGACUGGAUCAUGCAGAACCAGAAAUCUGCCAAGUUCAUGUUCUUCUUGAUUGCUUUUGUUUUGUCAUGCGAGUCAACCAUCCUUACAUUCAGCGAUCCGUUCGAUCUUAUUUUGUACUUUAAUAAAGUCGAGUUUGACUCAAGCGAAGUGAUUGAGCAGUGCAAAUCGCAGUUCCAAAACUUGAUUUCUAUUUCCCCACUGAGUUACACCGAAAAUGUAAUAUCACCAACACACCCCGCACGAAGUGAGAUAUAUGCAAGUUUGGCAAAUAAUGCCAUCGACGAAGGAAAUAUGUGUGUUGUGCCAUUCUUGGACAAGUCUGACCUCCAAAACACGUUAUACAAGUCGUCGUCGUUGUACAUCGAUAUGAGACCAGAAAAUACAAAUCCGAAGACAAUUACUGUCAAUUCGUUAAGAGUGACAUUCACCAAAGAAGAAGAUGUGGUCAACGAAGUUUCGAACUCACUGAGAAGUUUGUUCCAGUCAUAUCCACCAUUUGUUGUCCUUAUCAGUGAUUGGAACGAGAAUGAUGUUCAAAACACGACUUCUGUAUACAAAAACAUGAUGGUUGUUGCGAAUGGGUUAGUCAAAAACGAGUUCAUUCAUGUGUGUAUGAGUGCUGUGCCAUUCCACUCACUAGAAAGUAUGUUCUUUACAACAAACACAAACAGUGCGGUUAGGGUUGAUCAUGACGUUGAUAAUCAAGAAGUGGUUUAA